AUGAAUGAAAAAAUUCAUUUCUACGAAAAUUAUUUACAAAAAGCAUGUCAAUUUUUAAAAACGUAUCAAUGGAUUUAUGACUUUCCAGUUGUAAAAUGUUUCGUGUGCAAACCAUGGGAACAAAUGCCUAUCGAGUGGCAAACAUAUUUUAGUAAUCAUGAUGCAGUGCUAUUCGCUAAUGCUGUAUUAAACUUUCAAAAACAACCCUGUGGAAAACAUGAACUGCUUCAGUUUAUAUCGUCAACAGCCUUACCAGAAACAUUACUAGAUUUUAUUGUUGAAUGUAAUACAUUGAAUAAAAUGUCAAGAGAAAAACUAAAUGAUACUGCUAUAAUUCAAGAAUAUACAUUGGACAAUAAUUUAUCACGUUGCAUCAAACAAAAGAAACGACACGAAGUUUCAAGAUUUUCGCAUUUAAUUAUUAAUACAGCAAAACAAUUGAACUGUCAUACAAUUUUAGACAUUGGCGCUGGGCUGGGCUACUUAGGACAAGUAUUAACUCAUUAUGAUUCAUCAUUAAACGUUAUUGGGUUUGAAAUGUCGAAUGCUCAUGUACAAUCAGCUGAUAAUCGAAAUAAAAAAAUCACUUGUGUUAAUGAUAGAAAUUAUUUACGUACUGUUGAAAUUAAUAAUGAAAUGACCGAUAACAAAUUACUUGAAAUAGUUCACGAUACAUUAAAUAGAGACAAUGAUGAUAACUUCAUACUAUCUUCGUUACAUGCUUGUGGUGAUUUAACACCGACAAUGUUGAAAUUAUAUGUCAAAUCUAAAUUUAUUCGUGGAUUAUUAAACGUAUCUUGUUGUUAUCAUACAAUGAAUUAUUCAGACGAGGGAUUUUUCAAUAUACCUUUAUCGAGAACAUUAAAACAAAUUAUUUCUCAAUAUCAAAAUUUUACUAUGACUUUAUACGGUUUGAGAUUAGCUAUACAAGAAACACAUGAACAAUGGUAUGAAAAAAGUGAUUCAAAAUUGAAACAACAUAUGCGUAAUACGAUCUAUAGAGGAAUUCUUGAAUGUAUUUUAGUGGAAAAUAAUUAUCAUUUGGAACAUCGAAAACAAGUAUAUGUAAAGUCAGACUCAAUGACAUUCGACGAUUAUUGUCAUUUAGCUAUUCAACAUUUAAAACGUCUGUUAUUUUUUACAGUAAUUGUUAAUUAUAUGAAUUUUCAUGCUUCUUUAACGAUAUUUAGAUUACAAUAUUGA